AUGUCUCUGCCAAAGGGAUUUUUUUUUGCGGAUGAAGAGUUGGGAAAGAAAUAUGACGAUCAUUAUGAUAAACCUGCACGACUUCGACGGCAGUCAUGGCGACUUCCACGCCGACGACGAGUCUAUGCCUUGAUCAUCGGUGUUCUUCUCUGCUAUAUUAUCUUCACCCAUACGUCCUACAUACAUUCCGAAAAAGUUACUACCGAACACGAAUCCUCUGGCUAUCUGCCCCCUGUCCAUAACCGAGUUUCUCGUCCUAAGGGCCCCCCGCCUGUUCCGAAUGAAGCACGAGAGCGAAAUGAUCAUUACUUCAACGGACCGAUCAGAUUCUAUACGUUAACGAAGUCGCUAUACUCUAUCCAUGGAUUUGUGGGGUAUAAUGGCAAGAAUAAAAUCGUUCUUUUUGCUGCUGCUAAUCUGAAGAGCCUAUCCAAUCUACUUCCGCUCGCAUGUCAAAUGUCGGCAAAUAGACUAAAUCGGGUACACAUCGCAUUGAUGGGUCGGGUAGAUAUUUCGAUUGAGGGAAUACAAAAAGCUAAUAAUUACCAUCAGUCAGAAUGCCCUAUAGUUUGGCAUGAUGCUCGCCCUGAUUAUGGCCAGUGGUCUACAGAUGCCAGAAUGGAGAUAAGCGUAAAUGCUGCCUUAUCCCACAUAUCCAGUGUUCUGCGCCCUCGCAUUAUCAUUACUCAUGACAGUAGAGAUGAAAAUUUCUUAAUACAGGGCGUCAAGACCAGUACAUCCAAGCCAGGCAUCACACAUAUCGGACUUCAGGGAAGGGUAUCCGAUUUUGAAUGGAUAGCAAGGCUAGACUCAAAAGCUUUAGCAGCUUGGAACGCCCCACAAAUUGAGAUGCUUGUCCAUGCGCCUCCAGAAUCUUCUGGCUCGCUAUUGCGACUUCUCAAAUCUCUCAAGCAAGCAGAUUAUUUUGGCGCUGUCCCUGGACUCACUAUUGAGUUGCCAUUUGAUGCCGAUGCUUCCUUAUUAGAAUAUCUGAGUGGUUUUACCUGGCCACCACACACGUCGAACCGCCACUUUACUUUGCGUCGCCGCCUAUCACAUAAACUAGGUGCGCAGGAAGCAGCUAUAAGAAAUAUCGAUGCGGUGUACCCCCGUCACCCGUGGCAUUCCCAUGUUUUGGUACUUUCACCGCAAACAGAGCUUUCGCCAUCAUUCUAUCACUUUAUACACUAUUCAUUGUUGAAAUACAGAUAUUCAAUUGGGAAUGAAUCAUCGAAUCAUCAUCUUUUAGGAGUGUCGUUGGAACUUCCUUCGACAAGGCCUACUGAUGGACGCAAAUUUUCGCCUCCAAAGAUGGAGACGGCUUCCGUGACUGACAAUCAGCGAACACUGCCCAUUUUCCUUUGGCAGGUCCCAAAUAGCAAUGCUGCUCUAUAUUUUGGAGACAAGUGGAUUGAGUUUCAAUCGUUUCUUUCUCGUCGGCUUUCCCCAUCAAGAUCCGAAAAGAAAACACAAUUUGGGAGCCUCCCCAAUAAAUUUCCCUCCUGGAUGGAUUACAUGGUGGAGUUUAUUCUUAUCCGUGGUUAUUAUCUACUAUACCCCGCCUUUUCUGCUGAAGAUGGUUUAUCACUAGCCACUGUGCAUAAUGAGCUAUUUCAUAUACCAGAAGAACAUGACGAUGUGAAAGAAAGUGUCCUCGCAUCUCAGCAGAAGAAUAUAGAUAGCCAUGCACAAACAAUAGUUCGGGACCCAGCACCGCCUACUGUUGACUCCACUGAGAAGGCUCUCUCGAGUUCUUCGUCCAUAUCCGAUUUGCUUCUUGAAUUCCCGGGGCACUUCCCCAACCUCACGUCACUUGACAUUUUAUCUCCCUCCGGUGCAAAAGUGUACGAUUUUGAAACCUCAACACAGGCGUAUAUAACCAAGUUUAUGGCCGGUAUCGGUGGCUGUGAUUCUGACUCUCAGCCUUCUGAGUUUGUUCCGAUGGGCUCUGACGACCCAUUCUGUUCACAUGAUGAAAGAUAG